CAGGUGUUGUUAAAAAUACCCCUAAUUCCCUUCGCGCCCACCGUUUAAAAUGGCCUCCGCAAAGUACAACUUUUUAUUCGCUGUAAGUUUAAGAAAGAAGACCCAGUGACAGACCAUGAAAAGAGGCCAGACCCAUCAACAUAUUCCCAAGACGCUUGAAAACGCAGGAGAGUUCCGAAUGUUUAUCUAUGAGCUGACAGAGUCGAAAAUAUUCAGUGUCAGUAUUUUGUUUGUUAUACUUCUCAACACUGUAAUUUUGGUCAUUCAAACCGAUGAAGCGUUUUCUGUGAAAGCAGGUAGGUAUUAGAUUCAUAUUGCUUUUUUUUAGUUGCUAGCAAUUCUUGUUGGUUUUCCCUUAAUAUUACAAGCUGCCAAAUUUACGUGAUUUUCCUCUCUGAAUUUGAACAACUAGGAUCGCCUCCAAGUUCAAAAAUAGAAAGAAAAGCUCUUCGUAAGCUUAUGUUUGCCUUCUCCAUACGACGCCUCGAACGAACUAGGGUAUUUACGAAGUAGACAAAACCGUAUUCGGAUCAGCCUCUAACCCAUUGUCUUUCGGUAAGGUAGGGACCAGCAGUCUCUCUUCUGCCCUUUAAUCUGUGAAUUGAAGCAUUUUUAUAGAGAAAACGAGAGACUGCUUGCUGUCUUUUAAAGUCAGAUCGAGAGAAACGGCGUGACGAAUGGUUUCAAGCCCUGGGUCUCCGAGGAUGCUGCAGGGGUUUAUCCCGUCCAGUUUUUGUUGACACCUGCGCAAUUGUUUGUAGCUGUUCACAGUACCAACAACUUUGUUCCACGCGUUCAUAGUGGUUAGUGCUAAUUGCCAAAAUCAGUCGCUGUUUUUGUAUGUUUUUUUUGUCUGUUUUGUUUCCUCGUUUGUGUUUUGACUUUGCCAUUGCCUUUUUGCAUAAGCUCGAUACUUGCUCACCAGAUUUUGGAUUUGAGCUCGUUUCUGGAAAUUCCCGACUAAUGAAAGCAAAAAAACAAAACAGACUUUGCUACCGCUUCGCCCUCUCAUGCCGGCUAAGUUUUUCGCCAAGGGGUCAGUGAGCGGGGACUCGCGCGACACACAUAAUGCAGGAGGAAAUUGCAAAAGGAAGGAGACUGUUUUGUUGUAAUUUGUUUUUUUUCCUUUAGGAUGGUAUCUCUCUGCUCUAGACAAUGUGUUUCUGGCCAUCUACUUUAUGGAGAUUGUUUUAAAACUGUAUGCUCUGCGUUCAUAUUUUUUCAAGACAGGAUGGAACAUCAUGGGUAUGCAUGCAUAGACAAACACCGCGGCAAAACGUCUACGCAUGCGCCAGGUUGAGCAUUUCCGGUCUCUUUUUCAGUCACACUUUCCAGUCAAAGUCUGCCGCGCGCCUCAUUCUGUGUGCAGCUUGAGGUUCAGUUGUUCUGCUUUAUGCUGCUCGUGUUUUUGACUAUUUUGUAGUUAUUGAAAUUGCUUUUAUGGAUAACCAGGCACAGAUCACUGAAACAAUUAGUCGAUUAGAUUCAGAAAAGGUAAGAUGAUAAUAACUCAGUGUGUAAUUUUGGCUAGAGCGUCAGGUAAACUGAUUUUCAUUCACGAAAAUAAAGUUUUUGACUGUUAUUUUUCACUUAACCUGGCUGAAACUAAGACAUAAAAUUAAAACUUUAUCAUUGCAAGCUUGUGUAUUGUAGUUCUAAUUUUCAGUUCUUCAGUUUCUCAGUCUACAUGUGUUAAAGCCGAUUGAAACUUUAUUUGGAAAACGACAACACACAAUCGCUUUGUAGUUUUGUUUACCAGUGGGUUUUACCGUGUUUUAAAACGAAACUCUUCUGGGUUGAUUGCCAUGAAACAUAAGCUUAAUUAUACUGUUGACCCGGCUGGCAGCAAGUUGACAACUCUAUUUAUUUAUUUUUCCAUUCUCAGAAUCAGAGAGCGAAAGCUGGUUCAGUGGCUUUUAGAAGUCGAACUUUUCAUGCCAUGUAUUUAGAAGCUAGAAGUUUCGUGUUUGCAUGGGAUGCAGCCGAGCCGCACAGUCUGAAAUUAUUGAAGUCUUCAACAAAAGAACAACCAUGUAAAAGAAUUAAAUAGGCAUUUUCUUGAAUGAAAGUCAUUUAUAGGCAUGUUUAGUUUCCCGGUGACUGCAGUCAUCAAAGUCAAAGUUGUUAUUAAAUCCCGCCCAUCUUUUGUUUUGAGUCCUUGUUUUCUCUGAUAAUGCAACAUUUCCUGGUUUUAGUGUUUUUUAUGAUAAUGAUGACGUCUUUAUUUUGGUUUCUUUCAUAAGUAUUGUUAUUCUUUUCUUAGUUGUCACCUUCUCCCAAAUUAACUUAUGUCAAACCAGUAGCAUGCAAGAAAGCCAGUAAAAACAAAUUCGUCUCGUCGAGCGCUCGCGACCUGCAAACUUCAAACAUCAUUUUCACCGUUGGUGCAAACAGAUAACCAUGUGGUGCAAAAGUUUGAGAAUAGAAAAAUAUAUAAGCUUUCGAAUGAAGUGAUUUUUUUGGCCCCCUUUUUUGUCUGUUUCGCCCUUUUUGCUUUUAAACUUGGCGCGACGGCAAAGUUAUGCUUACGCUAUUGGUUUAUAUACUAGACCGGAAAUAAAAAGCUGACCGGAUAUUAAAUUUUAUGCUCAUGCGCAUUGCGUUUUGCCGCGGUGUUGCAUAGACAUAACUUUGGUAAAUUCGACAUCACUGUUUCCAAGGUGGAGCCAGGCGUGAAGAAAUUGAACUAACAUUAGUUUCUUAUUCCAAACUCCAAACUUUUCAUGCAGUAAGUGUGAAAGCUAUUUAUAGAAGCUGGUUCCAAGUCAGCUCACAAGUCACCAAAAGCUCCAGGCGUUGACACUGACACUUAUAAGUGGCACAGUUCACCAUUUGCGUUCCGGUGUCCGUCCUUUCGGGCUCCUGUUUAGGUUUACUCAUUCGAAAAUUGUAAAGUUUUGGUGACUAUCCGUGUAGUGUGUUUAUACGGUAUUUUUUCUUAUCCAGAUGUGAACGAAACGUUUAGUCAGAUAGCCGAUAAAAAAUAAGCUGGAUAUUUCCAUUUUUCCUUUUCCUUAGGUAAGUUCGCUUAACCUUAUUGAGACUCUGUACCUAAAAUUCUUUCAAAACAACAGAAAUUGCAAUUUUCAAAUUUUGAUUAAAUCUAAAAAUCCACCACUCAAUAAGAAAAUGAAGUUUUACUUUUCAUGUUUUUCUUCUUCUUCCUGUAGACUUGUUGAUUGUACUUUUCACUAUGGUGGAUUUCUUGCUACCACUGAUCGUUCAGAAUGUCGGAUCCUUUGAUGUUGCGGCCAUUUUUAGAUUACUGCGCAUGUUCCGAGCUAUCCGAGCGCUGAGGGCACUACGGGUACUGCGGACUAUAAGGUCAGAAAGUUCCUACACAGAUGAGUGUUUCUUGGGUAGGGAAGAGGGAUAUGUGACCCGAAUUUAUUCGAAUAAGCGCCCAACCUCGAAUUAGCGUCGACCUGGAAUAAGCGCCCAUCCUAAAGGCAGAAAAAGUUAAUAAGCACCCAGCCUCGAAUGAUUCUUAAGCAUUAUAUCAAACGUUACAAACGUUAACAACAAAAAUCAAGGGCACCCAACGAGAAUAUAGUUCAAAACCACUUAAACAUAGCAUCGUUAAAGGUAUUUUAGGGAUCAAAACUUACCUUUUCAAAAAUUUCAGCCAGAAUAAAGGCUCCCGAAAAUUCUAGGUGACCUUUUUAGGGUAAAAAUCCGUUAAAAAUGAGCAAUUGUACCAUUUUUUAGAUGUUUGAAAAUUCUAGGAGAGGCAAGCAAGCAAGAAAGUUUACAAACAAGGGUUCCGAAAAUUCUAGAUCUCAAAUCGUCUUCCGAACAGAUAUUUUCCGAAAACUGACGUUGGGUGCCCCUGAAAAAUGAACUUUGAAAAACUGUUGGGCUAACAAGCUUUUAAAAACCCUGAAUUGCAAUCUGUUUCAAUCUUUACCAAGUUUGUCCAUCCGUUCCUUCUUUUGUAUUUGCUUUGUUCUUUAUACCUUCUUUUAAUGUUUUAAAGCGAUUAUUUUUAUUUUUCACUCAAUUUGGUGGCAGUUCCUUUGAUAAAAUUUUGAUAAAAUUCGUGACACAGCUCCUUGAAAGGGGAAACUGCUUUUAAGGGAACAUCAACAUGGUGGAACAGAAUACCAGAAAUUUUGCAAAGCUAAAAUACAAUCUUCAAGAAAAAGUUGGCUUUGAUUUAACGCAACAGGACGGCAGAAAGAAGAGGACGGCAAAACAUUUGAGCGUGACGAACGUGACAGGGUUAUUACUUGCGUGUUUUGUCGUGAUCUUCCAUUAAAUUAACAUUUUCUGGUCAGUGUUUUACAAAAAGAUCGAUUUGAAGGUGAAGCUAAGACGAAAGUUUUUUCAAACAAAAUUAUUGUCACGCUUGUCACACAAGGUUUGCCGUCUUCUUUCCUCUCCCCUCCUGUUGCGUAAGUUCACUAAUAUUGAUUCGUUUCCGCAGAUUUUUGAAGAAUCUCCAAGUGAUCAUGACAACAAUUCUCAAGUCAUUCCGAGCUCUGAGUACAAUCGUUAUGCUUCAGGGAUUAUUUCUUUGUAUCCUUGAAACGAGUCAAAUCUCUGAUCUCGAUCUGCAUUCCACCAAUAAGUUACAGUGCUCUUCGCCUUUGUUACGUUACCCCCUCCCCGAUUUUGAUUCAAGUCUUAACCAUUUGCAAAUAAAUGCGGAUCUCCACAUUGGUGAAGGAGAGAAGAAGUUCACACACGGAAAAGUUAGAAAAUUUGAUUGAGGUGGCGUGACAAAAGAAUCUUCAGUUUCAUUCUAUAUAAUGUUUCAAUGAAAUUUGACGAGUAUUAAUUUAUUGUAAUGAACAGCACGUUACACUUGGAUUGUAUAUUAUGACCUUUUUUUCCUCCAACAUUUGCUGGAAUCACUUCUUUUGUUAGCUUCUCAUGUCUCUGAACCUGGAGCGAACCAAGUUGAAUGACUAUCAGAUAAGUGUCCACAAAUAAGCGCCGCACUGACAAGUCAUCGCUGUGGUGCCCCUUUGAGUAAAUAAGGUAAACUACCUUCACUUGGCAUACAGUCAUACGCCAUCCCACUUAGCUCUGAUUGGCUGAGAUUUUUUUGGAGGAAAAGAUGAAUUUAUAAAUAACUUGAAACUCUUGUAAGCUGUGACCUUAAAAUAAUUAGAGAGAUGGAGGUUCCUGAACCCAGUGAUGAGCUACCGGGGCCAUUUGCGGAAGAAGCGUGGUAGAGCGCGAGGCUUUUUUUUGCUCUUUUUCUUCCACCGCCCUCAUCCGUCUUACACGCUCCUCCAGCUUGCUAUAAGCAAAGGAAAAUGACCGCUACGAAGGCUUUAAAGGUUACAUUUUUGCCACUGGCCCCUCGGCCUGGAUGCCAUUAACUGAAUUUCAUACUGCAUCAGUAGCAUGUUACCGCAAUACCGGCAACCGACUGUGGCCACUGUAGUUGUAUAUUUGUUCCUCCUUAAGUAUUGUGCUGCACAGACAUGUUUGCAGUUAUAGGGCGCGGGUUGUUUUACGAAGUCGCACCCACAAGAUUUGGCACCUUGGGAAAAGCUUUCUUCACGCUUUUCCAGCUCAUAACGCUGGAUGACUGGUUUUACAUGUACAGCGAUGUCGUCGCCAAGAGCCCAGGUUUUUAUUGUCACCCACGCAGACGUCUUCAGUGGUUCGUCACGUGACGAGCCAAAAGGACGUCUGCGUAAGAGCCCAAGGUUUUUAUUCCUUUUAUAUUUACAGCGAAAUUCGUUGUAUCGCGCUGCGCUUUUUGCAAACUUAGAAGGGACUUUGAGUUGUUCUGUUCCGUCAAUCAGUUGAGUGGAUGUGGGGCCGGAUGCAAAUCACAACGCAACUUUGCCGCAAAACCAAAACUGAGAAUGACUCUGGACUGUUCAAAAAUAGCGAAGGAAAUCGAGGUGGUGGGUGGAAUGUUAAUUUGGCCAGGGAAGAAGGCAGACUUUGCUUCAUUCUUGCAAGUGAGGUAGGCAUUCGUACGUUAGAAAGAUCAGAAAAAUCUUCGAAGAAAACUAGUCGAUUAUUGCCCAAAACAGGACGCUCACAAGCAACGAACCUUGAAAUACAGACCCCCCCCCCCCACAACAAAAAAAAAGAAAAAGAAAUGAUUGAAAUCCACCCAUCACAAAUCACAAACCAUGACCCUUUUGGCGUUCAAGUGAACAUCUGUUUCCUUAGGGGUCCGCUAGGAUGAUUGACGGAACAGGAAAAACCUAGAAUUCCUUCGAAGUUUGCAAAACGCGCAGCGUGAUACAACGAAUUUAUCUUUAACGUAAGUAAUGUUGAAUUCCCCGCGCCUCCCCUCCCCCUCUUCCCACCCCUCUCCUAGUACUAUGAGGACCCUGUUAACAGUUCACGAUCACUGUUGGGCCACAACACCCCGUAACGCGGCAACGAAAGCUCACGAUCAGACUUUCUGUUUUCUUGUUGUUGUUGAAUUUAUAUUGCGCUUGGGUCUAACAUAACUGGUUGAGUGGCUGAAAAAAAGGUAAAGCUUUGUUUGUUGUUCUUUCUGAACAGGUCACGGCUAUAUCAUCCUGUAUCUUAUCGUCUACAUCGUCCUGGAAAACUUCAUCUUCAUGAAGUAAGAAUUUUAACGACCAUAUUUCAUAAAAAGCUAUUCUGAUUAUUUUUUAAUGUACAAAUUAUCUGGAAGUUGAGGAAAACCUCUCAAAAUAUUUCUAAAAAUACCUAAAAUUAAGAGAAAAAAAGAAGAAUGGGUUGAGUGGUGGAGGCCUGGGUAGAUUUAACAAAAGACCGAACGUAUAUUGAUAACUGUGACAUUUACAGGUUGCAACCAAAGUUUUCAAAUAUUUCUUUACCUCUUGGUUUUAUGCUUGUGUAAUGUAUUUUGAAAGGGAUCUAUAAUUUUAAGCAUUUCUAGUUUCUAUCAAGAUCCUUGUUAUUUCUUGUACUCUUCGUUUUUAUAUGAACUAACAAUGGAAUUACUCACUUACCCAAUCUUCCAAGCCCCUAGUAAGGCAAAAAGGUCGCACCUAUCACCUUUCCCGAUCUUUUGCUGUUUUCCCAACUUCACCCCACGCAAGUGCCAUUUCUCUCACGUACCCGACUUUAUAAGUUUCCGGUAGAAAUGAGAUACAAGUGCGAAGAAGAAGUUAUGACUGUCAGGAAUAGAUUUCACUAUCAAAUUAAAGUUUGCUGGGCAUGGUGGUCUUACGUUUAUUAGAAUUAUUAAUAUUAAUAUUAUUAAUAUUAUCAUUACUAUUUUAGUCCUGAUAAUCGUGUCUAUUUUAAACAGAGCCUGGCUUCAAGUUUUUCCUAAGGUAUAUAUUAAUAUAAAAGUAUUUACUGCGUUUCAGCUUGUUCGUGGCAGUUCUGGUAGAUAAUUUUCAAAGAACAAUAACAGCAGUGGAAGUAAAACCACACAAGAAACAAAGUGGACUCCAAUUCAAAAGUGUUUUUGAGGAGGUAUGUCAUGUAUUACCACUGUAAGGUAGGUUGAGUCGUGAUAAAGGGGCUGAAAGCAGGCGGGGGGAGGGGGUAGGGCAGAGAGGUCCAAAACUCCCGCUUCCUGUAUCUUGCAUUGCCGUUUCCCGGUCCUUUUUUAAAAUACCGUAUUUUCUUGGCUUCCUUCUUUUAGCAGAUCGAUUGCAAAAUAUUAAUCAUUUAUGUGUUAUUUUCUCCUGUUUCUCCCUCUACCCACCCAUUGAGAUCCUUCACCUCUCGCCCUUCCCUCUUCCGCCUCGCGUGCCCCUCCGGCCCCCUACGUUCCCAAAGUCCCACCUCCUGUCCUUCCCCACGAUCAGCGAGAUAUUCUUAGUGUUAUUUUUUCGUAUCUCCAUGUUUGAUUACCAGAUGCAGUUGAGUGAUCACGCUGCGAGUGCGUACUCAUUUUCAGACGAUUAUGACGAUUUUGAAGGUGAUGUAGUGUUAUUUCAUUAGCCCACAAUGUUAGCUCUUAGUGUUGACUGGAUUCGCCAGUUGCCAGCCAAUAAAGUCUAUUCAUUUCUUCAUAUAUUCAUAAGGACAAGGCAGUCUGGAAUGAAAUUAUUGUCUGAAGAGAUAUUAGUUUCAAAACGGAUACACGUGAUAAAGGAAGUAAGUAUAAUAAAACUUCUCAAUUCGUUUUUGGCAGAGGAUGAGGAUGAAGAACAAGAAAUAAGGAUUGUUAAAAGAGUGGAGGAUUAUUAUCCCGAAGAUAAGUUCUCUGCCAGGUAUGAAAUAAAAGCGACGAAACAGUGCUUAUGUUUCAACAGGAAUUAUUUGCGAGAGGUUUUUUUUGGUCCGUAUCAUACCAACGAAACACUAAAGGAGUUCUUAAGAACUCGUUUAAACAUUCCGUUCGUUUCACCUGGAAUUGGAAUUUGAAAUUGUUGGUUCUGAGGAAAUUUUUUUCGUUUUGUUCAAAUGUCAUUCAAUUUUUUCCGUACGUUUGCAGCGCACCAUAAAAAAAGCUGCGUUUUUUAAGAUCUCUAUUGAUCACCUAUUUAAAAACCUUGACUCUACUAAAAGAAAUUGCUGUUUUGAAAAAAAGUCUGGAAAAAGUGUUGAAUUUUGGAUCCAGAAAUCUGUACGAACCCUGAACAAGCUUUUUUCCUCCUUCAUAUGUUAUAGGGAGCGAGCGUUGAUCAAUGAUUACUUUACCCUACUUGCGUCUUUGGAGUACAACAUGCAGGAGAUACAAAAAGUACAAAAACUCGCCAACGACCUGGUGGACAUAACAGUUACGGUACGGUAAUGCGUACAGUAAAUAAGAAGUUGUAAAUAAUUCCCCUCAUUUCACACGUUCAAAACGUAAGAGCUAACUGAGUGAGGAUUUACUGAGUAAACACAAUUCUCUAGUCUCCAUUUCUCUCAAAGGAACAAUGAAUUUUCAGUAGCAAGUGAUUUAUCAAGAUUAAAACAGAAAGUAACCGAGUAGUUUAGAAAUGAGGAAAACAAAGGCGUAUUUUUCAGGCUAGUAUUACAGGGUUUUAAAAUCACUCCCGCGGAAGUAUUCAUUUCUACACGAAUGCCUGCAUUAGGUGUUGGAUUAUAUUGUGCUAAAAUCGUUGAUAGGUCAUGCAAGAUUUAUAAGCAUUUGCCAGGAAUUUAUUUCCUAAGCCAUUUCUUGAAGAAUUAUUAAGAAUUUUCUAAGAGGAGGAAAGGAAAACCUAACAAAACUAUGGAUUGUAUAAAUGUUUCUAUACUUUAAAGGUCGGUUCAACUUUAGUUAAGUUUCACCCAUAAUAAAAGUUAAAUAAUAUAAAUGUGAUACAGAAGUUAUCAUUGAAUUCGCAUUUCUCUUGUAUUCAACAGAUACCUGACGUACCUGAAGAGUUAAUUUAAUUCACUUUAAGACCAAGAUUCAAUUCAACCAUUUUCAAAAAUUCCAUUGAGGACUUUCGGAUUCACAGUAAACUUGGCCUUUUUUGUCCUUUCUUAGACAGUUUUAGAUACAAAGUUGGAAGAUACCAUGCAUUAAGCACUUUAUACUAUGAUUG